AUGUCUCGGUUCGUGCGCUCCAGCAGCUACCGUCACGUGUACGGGCAGCCGUCAAAGGUCCACUACGAGAAUGUCAAGAUUAGCGGCAGCGCGUGGGACACCAACAUGGUUACUGUUGGAGGGAAAUACAUCGCUGUCAACUGGCAGGUCUCCGGUGGUGGCGCGUUCGCCAUCUUCCCCGCCUUCUCGCCAUACGCGCUCCCCGAGCCGUCGGGCUUCCCCACCAAGCUCCCGGACAUCCUCCCGCUGGCGCGUGGACACUCGGGGCCUGUCCUGGAUACCGCGUGGUCACCGUUCGACGAUAACCUGGUUGUGUCGGGAGGCGAGGACGGGAAGAUCUUCAUCUGGAAAGUCGACGACUCGAUCUUUGCGGGCUGGGGCGAGGACAAGUGGGAACCUGAGGACUUUGCCCCGGUCGGCAAGCUGAAUGCGGGCGGGCGCAAAGUCGGACAGGUCGAGUUCAACCCGACGGCUGCCAACGUGCUUACAAGCGCGUCCGGCGACCACAUCGUGCGCGUGUGGGACAUUGAGGGGUCGCCAGACAAGCCGACGAUCUCACUGACAGGACACAAGGACAGCGUGCAGAGCAUCGCGUGGAACUCUGUCGGCACGACGCUCGCGACCACUUGCCGCGACCGCAAGCUGCGUGUUUUCGACCCGCGUGCUGGCGCCGAUGCAGUCCGCGUCGCCGAGGGACACGGUGGCAUAAAGGGCUCGCGGGUUGUUUGGCUCGGCGACCGCGACCGCCUCGCGACGACCGGCUUUAGCCGCAUGAGUGACCGCCAGCUCAUGCUCUGGGAGACGGCAGGCCUCACUCAGCUGCAGACCGAGAGCCUCGACUCGUCCUCUGGUAUAAUCAUCCCCUACUUUGCCGAGGGUAACGACGUCCUCUUCCUGGCCGGCAAGGGCGACGGCAACAUCCGCUACUUUGAGUUUGAGGGAGACCACUUCCACUUCCUCAACGAGUACAAGACUAGCGACCCUCAGCGCGGCAUCGGGUUCCUGCCCCGCCGUGCGCUCGACGUCUCGCAGAACGAGAUUGCGCGCGCGUUCAAGCUCUCGGGCCGCGAUGUCACGCCUCUCUCGUUCAUCGUGCCUCGUAAGGCCGAGGGGUUCCAGAGUGACAUCUUCCCGCCCGCCAACAGUGCAGAGCCGGCGCUCAAGGCUGACGAGUGGUUCGCUGGCAAGGAUGCCCGCCCCAAUGUUGUCGACCUCGAGACGCGCGCUACUAGCGCCAACAAGCUGCCACUCGCGACGCCCAAGCCAACCGCGCCGAGCACGCCUAGACCCUCUUCGCCCAAGCCCGAGAAGCAGCAGUCAAAGUUGCGAGAGGAGGUCAAGUCCGAGCCUAAGGAGGAACCCAAGCCGGCGCCCAAGGCUGUGACGCCUCCCAAGGCCGUGACCCCGCCGCUGAAGGAAGAGCCCAAGAACGAGCCCGAGGUCAAGAGCCGCGACCUCGAGAUCGAGCAGCCGGACAGCAGCGAGGACGAGGCCGCGCCGAAGGCGGCACUUGGCGUUGCAUCCGCCGUUGCUGGUGGUGCGGCGCUGGGCGCGGCCGGCUUGGCUGCCAAGCCUGACUCCGGUGCAGCGUCGAGCUCUCCCCCUAACGGCGCGCCGAACGCCACUGACGAGCUCCUCAUCAAGCUCCUGAACGAGGGAGCAACUCUCCCCACUCGCGGCUCUCCGUUCUCGGCUGGUCAUGACUUGUACGCUGCGGACGGCAUCACUGUCCCUGCCCGCGGCAAGGCCCUCAUCAGCACCGGCAUCGCCGUCGCUGUGCCGGCCGGCACGUACGGGCGCAUCGCGCCGCGCUCGGGUCUGGCAUCCAAGCACGGCAUCGACGUCGGUGCAGGUGUCGUGGACGCCGAUUACCGCGGCGAGGUCAAGGUCCUUCUCUUCAAUUACAGCGGGGAUGACUUCAACGUCUCCAAGGGCGACCGUGUGGCUCAGUUUAUUCUCGAACGCGUGCACAUGGCGCCUGUGCGGCAGGUUGAUGACCUCGAGGCGACGCUGCGUGGAGCCGGCGGGUUCGGGUCCACGGGCGGCUUUGCCUAG